GAUUAUUUAAUUGUUAGAAAUUAUUAACUUUUAGUAGUUAUUAUUGAUAAUACCAUCAACAUCCGCCGUGCUAUGACUCGCGUGUAAGCGGCGGAGAGGAGAAAAGUAAAAAAAAAAAGCGAUCGUUGAUAUGCCGCGAGAGUGCGCUGUCGGUCGCGGCACACACGAGACCAGCACGAUCGUCGAUUGGCCGUUGCCGCAGAGGGGACUAGUCUCGGGCUACGGUGACGGGGGCGACGCCGCCGACCCGCGCGCAUCACCCGACGCUUUCGACAAGCCGGCCGCGGCCGACGCUGCGCGUGUGCGCGCUGGAUCACGCGCGYGCGCCCGUGUAGGUAGUGCCGUAGCGGUGUGGUCGUGUGCGCGCGCGUGUGUGUGUGUGUGUGAGAGUGUUGUGCGCGCGCGUCUAGAAAGAGGUAACGCGACGACUGCGACGCGGACGACGACUGCAACGAGACGACGACGGUCGACUGGGCCACGCCAAUACCCUCCGYGCGCCGCCCGGGUCAUAAACGAUCUCACAAACAAGUGCUCAACGUUCGGGAAAUUACCCGCGCCGCCAUAUAAUAUUAUAUCGCCAAAGGCCGCCGCCGUCGCCAGUGAUCGCGUCGCCGCGCGGGUUUUAUUUAUUUUUCCGCCGCUAUUACACACGGUUCGAAGACAUUUUUUUUUUCGAUUAAUAAUAAUAUUAUUAUCCCGUUUGGAUUUUUUUUACUCUCGUUACACCCGCGGGUCAUAAUCCUCACGCAUUCCCGUGUCGGUCGUCCAGUGUCCGUAGUGUAGCUCGUCAUCGUCGCCCGUCACACGACUGUGCCCUAUAUUUUCGGGUUUCGAAUAUAAAUAUAUCGACAGCAGUAUUUCUUUCGAACGCCGUGCGUUUGGUUUGACGACGAUACAUUCGGCAUAAUGCGAUGGCGUUGACGGAUUCUCGGACAUAAUAUUAUUAUUGUAAUAUAUAACAUAAAAUUAUAUUUCAACGGCUGAAAAACAGGCUAGCAACAAGAACAUAUUAUAGUAUUACAUACGAACGUGCGGCCAAAAAUCGCACCGCAGUGUAUCAUCCCGUCCCCGGUCGCAACUUCCGCGCCCGUCAUGAGUUCAAAGUUCAUCAUCGACAGUAUGCUGCCCAAGUACCACCAACAGUACCACCACCAACUCCUGAACCCCGUGAUCACGUCCGGCGGCGGGCUGGACUCGUCGGCCGUCAACUACAGCCUGACGCCUAACAACUCUUCGUCGAGCAGUGCAGGCGGCUCACCGCCGUCCACGUCGUCGCUGGUCUCGCCGGCCGCCGGCCGCAUGUACCCCGCGUACGUCCACCAUCACCAACAACAGUUCGGCUCCGGCGCCGGUUCCAUGGCGUUCACGUCGCCCGGAUCGGCAGCUUUGGCCGCCGCCGUCCAGGACGCCGCGGACAAGACGUCGUCGUCAUGCCGGUACGGCGGCGGCGUCGGCGGCGUGAGCGUCGGCGGCGUUUCCGCGGCCGACACGAUGGUCAACAGCUACGCUGCCUUGCACCAUCAUCACAACCAGAACGGCGCGGGCGGCACCGGCGCCGUGUCGUCCAUGGCCGCGGCCGCUCAGUUCUACCAUCAGGCGGCCGCCGCGUCCGCCGUGGCCGCAGACCCGCUCAACACCGCGUGCGCCGGACAGCCCGGAGCCCCCGGACCACAACCCAUGCCUGAUAUACCUCGGUAUCCAUGGAUGUCCAUUACAGAUUGGAUGAGCCCGUUCGACAGAGUCGUUUGUGGUCCGAACGGAUGUCCGCGCCGCCGCGGUCGGCAGACGUACACCAGAUUCCAGACUCUGGAGUUGGAAAAAGAGUUCCAUUUCAACCACUACCUAACCCGGAGGCGGAGGAUYGAAAUCGCGCACGCCUUGUGCCUGACCGAGCGUCAGAUCAAGAUUUGGUUCCAGAACAGACGGAUGAAACUCAAGAAGGAGCUGCGGGCAGUCAAGGAGAUCAACGAGCAAGCCCGCCGGGAACGAGACGAACAGGCUAAAAAGCAGGAUCACACGAAAAUGGACGUAGUGGGCGGCGGUGGUGGCAUGCACCAGCAGCAACAGCAACAACAGCAACAGCAACAGCAACAACAGCAACAGCAGCAGCAGCAAAUGUCGCAUCAUCAGAUGUCGCACGAACAGCACAAACUGCAGAUGGGCGGCCUGGACAAGGGAUCCGCCGACAUGCUCAAGGCCAAAACGUAAACGCCGCGAGCGAGCGCGCAACAACGUUUCGCACAGUAAUAGAGUAAUGAUAUAAUGAUAAUAAUAAUGAUUAAUUAUAAUAAGGUGUCGCAUGAUUAUUAUUGUUACUUAUUGUAUCAACAGUUGUAUAGGAUUUCUCUUUCGAUUCGAAAAAUACGUAAAUAAUUUAUAAAUAUAUAUAAUAUAUAUUUAUCUAUAUACAAACUAUUCUUACAUAA